GGACAGGUUUGUUAGGAAGGAGCGCGGCCAUUCUUGUUGGAUUUUAGGAGCUGAUUACGCUGAUCAUUCAAUCUUUUUUAAAAAAGAUAUUUUUUUUUACCAGUGUAUGUCCAUUCAUCGUGACUUUUUGUUCUUUUUUUUCAGUGAGGACAUGCAUCAGGAGUGACUGUUUUAUUCCACAGGCAACAGCAUUUUUCCAAAUCUGAAGAAAUAGCAAGUAUCGCACUUGUUUUGUUAAAGCGUAAUGCAGCCAAACCAGUCAACCGUGUCACCAUGCACUCCUCCACGUCCAUGCUCAACAUUUCCCUGGUGGACGAAUGCGAGGUGGCGGGCCAGCGUUCUCCGCUGCCUCCCCCCAGGACGCUUUCCCCCCACCGGGCCCGCCCCCCCCAGUGCGGGAUCCGCCCGUCCCUCCAGAGGUGUGCGGAUCGCACGGUGUGGCUGGACCGCACCCAGGCCAUGGCCACCACGCCUUUGUACAACGGCCACCCGUGCGCCCCAGCCUCGCCGUGCUCCCCCGGGAGGCCCGGCAAAGUCAAAUGCAAGGAGAAGAAACGGCAGAGUUGUCCGAGGAAGGAGCGAAAAGCCAAGAACUCGGCAGCUUCCGGAAUCCAGGCGAAGGGUUGCGCUUUUAAAGACGUGGCCCAUUGCGCGUCCCCCUUCAAAAGCUCCAGGAGGCCUCCGGUCCAGAGCCUCCAGAGGCAGGCUCGCCUCUCCUUAGAGAUGAGCCAGAGCCUCCCGGAGAUCAUCGUCACCAGCAGGGACGACGAGCCGCCCGAACCCGGCAAUGAGACGGAUCGGGAUCGGGGCCUCCUGCCCGGGGCGCCCCGCCCCUCCAGCCCCAAGCGCAAGGCGGAGGCCAAGGACGACCGCUACUGGAAGACGCAUAGCAUCGGGUGGCGGCUGGUGCGCAGGAGGGCGCUCUUUCUACGCAGGCAGAGGCUGAACGACUGCGCUCUCGCCGUGGGGAUUUUCGGCGUGGUCAUGAUGGUCAUGGAAACGGAACUCUCCUGGAGCAUCUACAGCAAGAGCUCCGUCUACUCACUCACACUCAAAUCCAUCAUCAGCGUUUCCACCAUCAUCCUGCUGGGCCUCAUCGUAGCGUACCACUGCAGCGAGGUGCAGCUGUACGUCCACGACAGCAGCGCGGAGGACUGGCGCAUCGCCAUGACGACGGAGCGCCUGGCCCUGAUCGCGCUGGAGCUGGCGGCGGCGGCCGUCCACCCGUACCCGGUGGGCCUUGUGGCCUACUUGCAGCGGCGGACGCCGACGACGGCGGUGCUGUCCGAGACGGAGCUGGAGAUCGUGUUGGCGCUGCCCAUGUUCCUCAGGCUCUACCUGCUGGGCCGCGCCAUGAUGCUGCACAGCAGGCUCUUCACCGACACGGCGUCGCGUAGUAUCGGGGCGCUCAACAAGAUCCACUUCAACGCCCGCUUCGUGGGCAAGACCCUGAUGACCACCUACCCGGGCACCGUGCUGAUGAUCUUCAGCGUCUCCCUGUGGAUCGUGGCGGCGUGGGGGCUGCACGUAUGCGAGAGGCAUCACAACUACAGAGACCUGAGCAGCAACUACAUGGAGGCCCUGUGGAUGGUCUCCGUCACCUUCCUGUCUAUCGGCUACGGGGACGUGGUGCCUCACACCUACUGCGGUCGCAGCAUCUGCCUCCUCACCGGGAUCAUGGGGGCCGGCUGCACCGUCCUGGUGGUGGCGGUGGUGGCCAGGAAGCUGGAGCUGACGCGGGCCGAGAAGAGCGUGCACAACUUCAUGAUUGACUCGCACAUCUCCAAACGGAUGAAGAUCGCGGCAGCAAACGUGCUGAGGGAGACUUGGUUCAUCUACAAACACACCAAACUCUCCAGGGAGAAAGACCACACCAUGGUGCGCAUGCACCAGCGCAAACUGCUGCUCGCCAUCCACCAGCUUCGGCGCGUCAAGGUGGACAAGAGGAUCCUGGCCGACCAAGGCAGCACGCUGGUGGACCUCUGCAAGUUGCAAACCACGCUGGGCGACGUGCUGGUCGAGGUGCAGGGCUGCCGGGCCGAGCUGGACACGCACGUCCACGGCCUGGAGAAGCACGUGGAGGAGCUGCGCGAGGGCUUCCGCGGCCUCAUGCCGCUGCUCGCCAGCACCUUGUCCACGCAGAACUCGUCCAUCCGCCACCUGCUGCGCGAGAGGGAGAAGAAGGGCGACGGUGCUGGCGGCAGCCAGGACAGGUAGAUGGGAAAAUGGGCGUCGGGCGCCCCCUGGAGGGAGGAGUUGUGUAUUGCGGAACAGGAAAAUGCUGCUCGUUGCAUUUUUUCGUGCCACCAAUUGUGGCAAAUAUGAAACGUCUCAUCACCAUAGAAGCAGAAAUGGAACAGAAAAGGGGUUCACAACCGGCCGCUGAGAUCAAUAGGAGCAAAUGUACCACAAAAAGUCACAGUCCCAAUGUACAUUUCCCUUUUUUUGUGUGUGAUGCCAAAUGUGCAAUAAAUUCCAUAGGAGUGGAAAAGGAGGUUUUUGGGUUAGGGAAUCUGGCCACUCAAACGUGCAACCAAAUUAAAAAUGGCACUCUCCAUGUUGUAAUGUAACAGUUUGAUGAUGUCAUCAUUUCUAAUAAACACGUCUCAGCGCUCGUCUCCAAGAAUCAGACUCUUUCGUUUAGCCAAAACAUUUUAUUGAGAGACAAGGAACGCGUCUGCCUCCUGCGCUCCGCCCCGUCAUCUCUCCUUCAGCUCCGGGAAGAACAUUCUAGUGCUGCUUCCUUCUGAACGAGCACCCUA